AUGGCAAUCGAGCAGCUGGCCGUGAAUUCAAUAUCAACGAGUCCAAUGUUAGGAGUUGUCGCAACAAACGAAGUAUAUUUUAUAUUACAGAUAAACGAAGCAUAUUUUAUAUUUCUGAUGUUAGAUAAACCAAAUAAACCAAGUAUAUUUUAUAUUACAGAAAAACCAAGUAUAUUUUAUAUUACAGAAAAACCAAAUAAACCAAGUAUAUUUUAUAUUACAUAUAAACGAAGCAUAUUUUAUAUUACGUAUAAACGAAGCAUAUUUAUAUUACAGAUAAACCAAAUAAACGAAGCAUAUUUUAUAUUUCUGUUGUUAGAUAAACCAAAUGACACACAAACAUAUCAAGAAUUAGAUACAGUCAACAAUACAGCUAUAAUACAAUCAGAUAAUAGUUCUAAUGUUGAUAGAAACGAAGCUAAUAUAGAUGAUAUUAGACCAUAUGCUAAUCUUGGUAAAAGUUAA